CAAAUGCUCCGAAAAGUGGUUCAGUCCUGGAGGUUAGCGGAAGUUGUUUCAGCUGCCAUGUUUGGUUGCUUUGUUGUAGGCUUCCACUAGCUUUCCUACACAAUAUCUAAGUGUGGAAAUGGAGACGAGCUGGAGUACGUUUCUCUUCCAACAGGCCAAUGAAGCCCUCCACCACCACCACCAGCACCAGGUGGCCCAGAAUAGCCUGCUGCCACUUCUUAACGCCGGAGCGGAGCAAGUGGACCAGAAGCCUGUCCUGCCCAUCCAAAUAGACCAGAAGCCCCCCGUCAGCGCUGCUGAGCUCCUGAAAGACAAUGUGGCGAGCGGAGGAGGCCAGCGGCCGCUGGUGCCCGUGAUCAAGAAGGAGCACAAAGUCAAGACGCCUUUCAUCUGCGGCUACUGCAACAAGGCCUUCCGAGACAGCUACCACCUGAGGCGCCACGAGUCCAGCCACACCGGCAUCAAGAUGGAGCCGCGUCCGCGGAAGACGGCCCAGACGGCGCCCACCAUGGUGCCCAUGAUCGCCUCCAUGUCCCGCGAGAACAACGGCAACUCCUCCUACAUCUCCACGGUGGCGGGCAUCCUCUCCACGGCGACCACCUCGGUCUCGGGGGGCCAGAGCAUCAUGACGUCGUCGGCGAUGGGCAACGUGCAGCAGCAGCAGCAGCAGCAGAACGUCCCCAAGAAGCCGCCCAAGCCCGUGAAGAAGAACCACGGCUGCGAGAUGUGCGGCAAGGCCUUCCGCGACGUCUACCACCUGAACCGCCACAAGCUGUCCCACUCGGACGAGAAGCCGUUCGAGUGUCCCAUCUGCCACCAGCGCUUUAAGCGGAAGGAUCGGAUGACCUACCACGUCCGCGCUCACGACGGCGGCGUCCACAAGCCCUACGUGUGCUCCGUGUGCGGGAAAGGCUUCUCCAGGCCCGACCACUUGAGCUGCCACGUGAAGCAUGUGCACUCCACAGAAAGGCCGUUCAAAUGUCAAGUAACGGCCUGCACCUCUGCUUUCGCCACCAAAGACAGACUCCGCUCCCACAUGAUCCGGCAUGAAGGCAAGGUCACCUGCAGCAUCUGCGGGAAGAUGCUCAGCGCCGCCUACAUCACCAGUCAUCUGAAGACUCACAGCCAGACCAACUUCAACGCCUGUAAAAAAGACGGGGCGGGGAAGGCGCGUUCGACUCAGCUCUCCUACUAUAUUGGGACACCGGAAUGUAACGAAGUCUGCAUCUCUGCCUCAGCUACACCCGUGAGCGUGUCGGCCCCCAUCACCUCGGCCAUGAACCGGGGCAACAACAACAACAACAACCCCGUCACCAUAGCGGCACAAAUGAACCUCGGCACCAACACGGUCAACAUCACGUCUCCGGUCAGCCUCCAGCACCCGGUCACCCUCACCGCGCCCGUCAGCAUCGCCUCCGUCAACAUCCCCGCCUCGGCGCCGAUGAAUAUCGCCCACCCGGUCGCAAUAACCACCCCCAUGCCCAUGAAUAUAGCCGGCCCGCUAAACAUCGCCAUGAGGCCGGUCGAUAGCAUGCCUUUUCUGUCCCAAGUCUUGCCUUCUUCUCCACCUUGGUAAAAGCGAAUAAUUAAAAAAAAAAAAAGAUACGAGGGAAAA